UUGGUUGGAAAAUCGAUUCUGAUUCUAAUUCAAUUAAUAUGCGACUUAUCAAUUUUAUGAUUAGGUUAGAAACAAGAAAGUAUAUAUUAUAACAUUCAUAAAAAAAGUAAUAUUAAAUCAAUGAAAAAUUGUUAUAUAUGGACUGGAUUAUAAUAUAUCAUGAACACUAAUUGAACAUUCUGUAACUAUUUUAAUUACUUGUAGCUUAGUGAAUAGAAAAAAUGGAAUACAAGAGUUGGAUUCCCAUGGCAGACGAAAGAAAGGAUUCAUCAGUUGACAGAGGAUUCUCCACAGACUGGAGGGAUUGUCCUGAAAUGGAAGAAAUUCGUAAAUGGUUAAGAGAAAAAAUUCUUCAAAUACCAAAUCGUUUAUGGCAAGAAAGGACGUGUGUAUCUUAUGUGGAAAUCUUUCUCUGGGCAGCUGCUUCUUCAAAGGAGGAAUAUAUGAACCUGGAGACACUGACUCGCCGUGUGCAAGCUGUAUUGAUUGAAUCUGCUGCUAUUCAUCGCAUGCGAAAAGGGGGACAAUCCGGCCCUUCUACUGUUCAUGACAUGCCUCGUGUUCCUGAUGACCGUUCAUCAAUUCCCCCGGUUGCUAAUAUGGAUAUGCAUAGUAACUUACCUGUUUAUGGCGGCGGAAGCUAUCUGGAUGCUAACACCAGACCCAUUAGCAACUAUUUUCCUCAUCAACACACAAUUAAUUGUGAUACUGACAUACUACAACCUACCGAAAGUAAAAAAAUGAUUUAUGGAUUUUCCGAUCCUUUUCCUGGCUGGAAGUCUUGUUUAGAAUCACAAGAUACAUGGAAAUAUCAACCACAAAUGCUGGAUUUUCAUAUGAAUUCUACUGUAAGACAUGAUGUUAAUGACCAGUUGAUUCAGCCCUAUUCCUCUCAAACACCUUUGGAAGUGCAGCAACUGUCGCAAUUUCCCCCUCUCUCUUCUAUCAAUUUUGAGAGCAAUGGGGAAGAACUUACUAAUCCGAUGUUUCAUUCUUCGGGAAUUAGAGGGAUAAACAACAAUGAGGCAGAUGAUAUGGUUAAACAAAUCUUAGAGGAGCCAAGCCUUGAAAGCAAUGAUGUGAUGGAAAUCAACUCAGAGGAAUUUGUCGCUAGUUUGAAAUCUAGAAAGCGUACUCUCGACAUGGAUCCUUUUGCUACUGGUAGAGAGGUUAUGCAGGGCUUUACAUUGAACUCCAGCCUUCCUACUCUCACCGAACCCAUACCAGUAUCUUUGAAUAACCAGUUGAUUCAGCCUUAUUCCUCUCAAACACCUUUGGAAGUGCAGCAACUGUCACAAUUUCCCCCCCUCUCCUCUAUCAAUUUUGAGAGCAAUGGGGAAGAACUUACUAAUCCGAUGUUUCAUUCUUCGGGAAUUAGAGGGAUAAGCAACAAUGAGGCAGAUGAUAUGCUUAAACAAAUCUUAGAGGAGCCAAGCCUUGAAAGCAAUGAUGUGAUGGAAAUCAACGUAGAGGAAUUUGUCACUAGUUUGAAAUCUAGAAACCGUACUCUCGACAUGGAUCCUUUUGCUACUGGUAGAGAGGUUAUGCAGGGCUUUACAUUGAACUCCAGCCUUCCUACUCUCACCGAACCCAUACCAGUAUCUUUGAAUAACCAGUUGAUUCAGCCUUAUUCCUCUCAAACACCUUUGGAAGUGCAGCAACUGUCACAAUUUCCCCCCCUCUCCUCUAUCAAUUUUGAGAGCAAUGGGGAAGAACUUACUAAUCCGGUGUUUCAUUCUACGGGAAUCAGAGGGAUAAACAACAAUGAGGCAGAUGAUACGCUUAAACAAAUCUUAGAGGAGCCAAGCCUUGAAAGCAAUGAUGUGAUGGAAAUCAACGUAGAGGAAUUUGUCGCUAGUUUGAAAUCUAGAAAGCGUACUCUCAACAUGGAUCCUUUUGCUACUGGUAAAGAGGUUAUGCAGGGCAUAGCUGAAUUGGACAGUGGCUUUACAUUGAACUCCAGCCUUCCUACUCUCACCGUGGAUGUUUUUCCUAUUGAUGGAGAAGAUAUUCAAGACACAACUGAGUUCUGGACAAACACCAAAAAGAAAGUUGAUGAGCCAACAACUGAUCAAGAGACACAAACCAAGUCCUCAAAUACUAUAGUUAAUGAGAUAGACAGAAACAAAUCAAUGGAAAUUGACAUUAUACCGGUUCCUAUUCCUAUUGAUGUAAUUGGAUUCAACAAAGAGGAGAAAGUUGUUAAAAGGAAAGUCAGUGAGCCAAAAGUUGAUCAAGAGAAACAAUUAAAAUCCUUAAAUACAACCGAUGAUGUUAUUUCCUUGAUUGAUUCUUUCACACAUGAUCAAAUAACACAACAUAUUAAUAGUCUGAGAAAGGAAUCUCUUCAGGUUAGUACACCAUCUUCUAGUGUUUUCAAUCAUCCUGGUGUGUUUAGGUAUUGUUGUUAUAUGUUUUGUCAUGAACUGACUGUCCCAAAAGGUUAUGCUAUUUGGUUAAAGCUCAUGAAUGAUACUUCUUUUUAUCUUUGGAUGUUAUACAUGCAUCCUAUCAUGAAACUUUGA